AUGAAGGGCAGUGUGAAGCCAGUGAAGAAAACCAAAGCGGAAGAACCUGAAUUGGAGCCCCUGUGCUGCUGCGAGUACAUAGAUCGAAAUGGGGAAAAGAACCACGUGGCUGCUUGCUUGUGUGAUUGCCAAGAUCUGGACGAAGGGUGUGAUAGAUGGAUCACGUGUAAGUCCGUGCAGCCUGAGACCUGUGAAAAGAUCAUGGACACAAUCUCAGACCGCCUCCGGAUUCCUUGGCUUAGGGGAGCCAAGAAAGUUAACAUUAGCAUCCUUCCCCCACUGUUCCUGCUGCCUGUCUUCCUCCGUGUGGCUUCCUGGCAUUUCUUGCUGGGGGUGGUGGUUUUGACCUCCCUCCCCAUGCUGGCUCUGUGGUACUACUACCUCACUCACAGAAGGAAAGAACAGACUCUGUUUUUCCUGAGCCUCGGACUGUUCUCCCUGGGCUACAUGUACUACGUGUUCCUGCAGGAAGUGGUCCCCAAGGGGCGUGUGGGGCCCACUCGGCUGGCUCUUCUUACCUGCGGGUUAUUGCUCAUCCUCUUUGCCUUGUACAGAGCCAAGAAGAAUCCAGGCUACCUCAGAAACCCAGCACACAACAACAGGGCUCUAAGUGACAGCCAUGUUGAAUGCCUGAACAGAAAAGGGCCUGAGAAGACCAAGGGGUUCCCCAGCGCAGAUCUGUUGGGCAGUCUCAACAACCGCGCUCCCAAGGAUGAGACUAAGGACUCCCCGAGGACAUCGGCCGGAAGCCCGGCCAAAGGGAGGGAGGACUGGUGCACCAAGUGCCAGUUGGUGCGGCCAGCCCGGGCGUGGCACUGCCGGAUCUGCGGCAUCUGUGUGAGGAGGAUGGAUCAUCACUGUGUCUGGAUAAAUAGCUGUGUCGGAGAAUCAAACCAUCAAGCAUUUAUACUUGCCCUUUUGGUCUUCCUGCUCACCUCGGUGUAUGGGAUAACGCUGACCUUGGACACCAUCUGUACAGACAGAAGUGUCUUCACAGCUCUCUUCUAUUGCCCUGGAGUAUAUGCAGAUUACAGCUCGGCUCUGUGCUUCACCUGCGUGUGGUACUCUGUGAUCAUCACGGGGAGCAUGGCCUACAUCUUCCUGAUCCAGCUGAUAAACAUCAGCUACAAUGUGACCGAGAGGGAGGUGCAGCAGGCCCUGCGACAGAAGACGGGGCGCCGGAUGCUCUGCGGGCUCAUUGUGGACACAGGCCAGUACAAUCGGGGCUUCCUGCGGAACUGGCACCAGUUCUCCACCUUGGGCGUGCACCCCUUCCACCACCCUGCCGAGGACAUUGUCUGA